CCUCUUACUACCUUUCUCUCCUCCCAUUUUAUUUCCUCCUGUCAACCCCCCCCCUUAUUAGCUCUCUCUCCUCUCAGUAUUCCUCCCUACCUGUCUGAACAGGGAGCAGUGGGGCAGAGGAGAAAGGGUGGAAAUAAAGGGAGAUGAGGAGAGGAGUGGGAACAAAGGACAAAACAGGAAAGACGAGUGUGGACGAACGGAGGGUUACAGAGGAGUAGAGGGUGCAUAAGAGAAGCAUUCUGACUGCGUGUGAAGAGGUUGCUCUGUUUUUGUCCUCCGUUGGAAAACAUUUCCCCUAUUGGUGUUGGCUUGGUAUGGAUGCUAUCAUGCUGCAGGAGAAAUUGGUGGAACGCUUGCUUUGCCCUCGAGUCAGAACCUCCAGGCAGAAGGAGAAGCAGUAUGUGGGUUUUGCUACCCUCCCUAACCAGGUGCACAGGAAGUCAGUGAAAAAGGGAUUUGACUUCACCCUCAUGGUUGCCGGAGAGUCUGGUAUGGGUAAAUCUACUCUGGUCAACAGCCUGUUCCUCACAGACUUGUACAAGGACAGGAAACUUCUCAAUGCUGAGGGUGAGAAACACACACACACCUUCCAAUGUCUUCAGCUAAAUAAAAUGCCAUCUCAUCAGAGGUUAUCUUCCCUCCCUCCAUCCCUACCUCUCGCCUUCCCUUUCUCAGAGCGUAUCAACCAGACAGUAGAGAUCAUUAAGCACACAGUGGACAUUGAGGAGAAAGGAGUGAAGCUGAAGCUGACCAUUGUAGACACACCGGGCUUUGGAGACGCUGUCAACAACAAUGAAUGCUGGAAGCCCAUCACCGACUACAUUGACCAGCAGUUUGAGCAGUACUUCAGGGACGAGAGUGGACUGAACAGGAAGAACAUCCAGGACAACAGAGUCCACUGCUGCCUCUACUUCAUACCGCCAUUUGGACACGGACUGCGUCCAGUAGAUGUGGAGUUUAUGAAGGCUCUCCAUGAGAAGGUGAACGUGGUUCCUCUCAUCGCCAAGGCUGACUGUCUCACUCCCAGCGAGAUCAAGAAACUCAAAGACAGGGUUCGUGAUGAGAUUGAGAGGUUUGGCAUUAAGGUGUACCAGUUCCCAGAGUGUGACUCUGAUGAGGACGAGGAGUUUAAACAACUGGACAAAGAACUGAAGGAGUGCUGUCCAUUUGCAGUGAUUGGCAGUAACACUGUGGUUGAGGCCAGGGGCCAGAGAGUAAGAGGGAGACUUUACCCAUGGGGCAUUGUGGAAGUGGAGAACCAGUCUCACUGUGACUUUGUGAAGCUGAGGAACAUAUUGAUCCGCUCCCACAUGCACGACCUCAAAGAUGUGACCUGUGACAUGCACUAUGAGAACUACAGAGCGCAGUGUAUACAGGACAUGACCAGUAAACUGACACAGGACAACCGAAUGGAGAGCCCGAUCCCCAUGUUGCCCCUGCCCACCCCCGACGUGGAGACCGAUAGACUCAUCAAGAUGAAAGAUGAAGAGUUGGCGAGGAUGCAGGAGAUGCUGAAUAAGAUGCAGCAGCAGAUCCAUGAUGGGAAGGACCAGUGAGCCCCUCCCCGGCAGACCUAGACUACAGCCCCAUAUGCUGGCCAGCCACUGAUUUACAUCCACAACUUUAGAUGAACAAAUGCUAACAAUACCAUACAUACCAACAUGUUAUUUACUGAUGUAAUCAGCAUUGUGUUGGAGGGGGGGGGGGGGGGGACAGUUGCUGUAUAUUCAUUCAUUGGUCAUUUGUUUUUUUGGUGCUUUUUUUAUUUGGUCUGCCCUGCAAGGAGAAAUGUGGUGUGGAUUUAGUUUUUUUACUGAACCUGGUGUCCAUUUUGAACCCCAUUUAAUAUUUUGAACAGUCCUCCUAGCAUAUGACAUAAUAUAAACAUUUUAUUUUAAUGACCUGUUCAAUGUAUCUAAUUUAUAAAUAUGCUGAAUACUUUUGGGAUAUUCUGUCAGGUUAUGAAUACGCAUAAGAGGUUUUGUAAAUCGGCAAUAUUACUGAUAAGGUUUGAGUCUGAUUUUGAGUGAGUGUGUCUGUGUGAUUUGAGAUGUAGGACCCUCUACGAGAACCUUAUUCUGCUUUGAUACUGUGAUAAUCUGUUUUCCCUUUCAGUAGCAUUUUUUUGUGCUUUUGGUACAGACUUAAUAAUAUUCUACCUAAGAAUCUAAACAAAUGUAACUUAUUACCUUUUUACUACUUCAACUUGUUGGGAAGACCCUUUUCGUUUUUCUUUUUUUAACAAUGUCUUGGCGCUUGCAAGUCAGAUUGAAAAUGUCUUCAGCGCCAUUUGCUUACCUUAGUGCAUUGAGACCCUUUGACUUACAUAGCUAACGAAAGGGUAGGUUCAGUAAGUGGUGCAUGUGCGAGCAGGCUGAAGUUACUCAUAACUGCUUAGAGCUUAAUUUCCACUCUCAUAUGAUGCAAUGUGUUUGUUCUUAAAUGCAUUUUGAGCUAUGCCUCAGUACCACUAUGUGACGGUAAAAAUAGGCCAACUUUUAAGAGCAGCUACUGAAUAUGCUUUUGUCCAAUAUAGCAUAUAGUGUGUGGUGUAUGCUGCCCUCUGGCUGUGUUGUUCAGGGUGGUGUUUGGCUUUUUAUAGUGCUUGUGCUCAGAAAACAUGGUGGAACUAGUGACCCGUUUAUGAUGAUGAAUAAACAGUCUGGAUUCA